AUGCCGGAUUUCGAGCACUUCAGAUUUUCCUAUUCGAGCAUGAAUCCGGUUCUGGGAGAGAGUGGCUACCUGGCCCCGCAGCAUCAGCACCACCAGCAGCACCACCAGCACCAGAUGCAGAACGACUCCUCCGCCCUGGAGCCUGGAUACUUCUUCGGGGACCAGGGUGGGUUCGGCUCGGAGGGGCUGUCCGGGCUGGACCUGGGCUCCAUCCCGCCGUCGGGCCUGGCCUACCUGCACCUGAGCAGGCCCCCCGCGGCCACGGCGCUGCGCAACGACCUGGGCUCCAACAUCUGCGUCCUGAAGACCCUCAACCUGCGCUUCAGGUGCUUUCUGGCCAAAGUGCAUGAGCUGGAGCGCAGGAACAAGGUGUUGGAGAAGCAGCUGCAGCAGGCUGUGGAGGACAGCGGCGGGGUGGAGGCCCACCAGAGGCCGCAGACUAAAGACAUGGGGGUCCAGACUGGGUUCAUUGGGCCGAUCCCAUCCAGACCAGGCCUCAUCCCGCUCCACAACGCCAACACCUCAGCCUACCUGCCCGGCGGCCUCCUCUCCCCCACCCUCAACCCUCCUCCUCUGUUUGACAACAAAUACCUGGGGAGCAACUUCAACCCCACCUCCACGGAUUCAAACUCCAACUUCUCCAUCAGCCCGGCUCUGACCCCCACAGACCCGUCCAAAAGCAUCACCAACAUCAACGAGAAGUACACCACCCCGACUCCUCCACGCUUCCUCCCCGGGUCCAUCUGGUCCUUCAACCACACCCGCAGGUUCGGCACCGGGAGGGAGUCGUGCGUCACCGGGCCAGGGGUCUCCUGGACGCGGCCGGACGGCGUCGGGGUCCAGAUCGACACCAUCACACCUGAGAUCAGGGCUCUGUACAACGUGCUGGCCAAGGUGAAGAGGGAGAGGGACGAGUACAAGAGGAGAUGGGAGGAAGAGUACACGGCCAGAAUGGACCUGCAGGAGAAGGUGGCUGAACUGGAGGAGGACCUGCAGGAGAGCGAGGUGUGUCAGGAUGAGCUGGCUCUGAGGGUGAAGCAGCUGAAGGCCGAACUCGUCCUCUUUAAAGGACUCGUCAGCAACAACCUGUCAGAUCUGGACAGUAAGAUCCAGGAGAAGGCCAUGAAGGUGGACAUGGACAUCUGCCGCCGCAUCGACAUCACCGCCCGCCUCUGUGACGUCGCCCAGCAGAGGAACUGUGAGGACAUGAUCCAGAUGUUCCAGCAGGUGGCCACGCCCCCCUCCACCCUGAACGGCCGGGCCAGAAAACAGAGUGGGCAGUCGGCGAAGGGCGGAGAUGGAGACGAGACGAGCGUGUCCGAGAGCGAGGGGGGCGGGGCUAAGGACGAGGAGUCGUGCAGCACGUCGGCCAAUCAGAUCAACGAGCAGAUGCAGAAGAUGCUGAACCAGCUGAGGGAGUGUGAGUUUGAGGAUGACUGUGACAGUCUGGCCUGGGAGGAAACGGAGGAAACUCUUCUGCUCUGGGAAGAUUUUCCUGGAUAUCCUCUGGGAGUGGAAACACAGGGAGAGCUGCAGCAGCAGGAGGAGUCCAUCGAGGAGGUGAUUAAAGACACCGAGUGUCUGUUCAAAUCCAGAGAGAAGGAAUACCAGGAGACCAUCGACCAGAUAGAGCUGGAUCUGGCCACAGCGAAGAGCGACAUGAACCGUCACCUGCACGAGUACAUGGAGAUGUGUUCCAUGAAAAGAGGACUGGACGUCCAGAUGGAGACCUGCAGAAGACUCAUCACGCAGAGCGGAGACAGGAAGUCGCCCCCACUCAUCCCUGUAGACGACACCGAUGGCGAGGAGAAGCAGCAGCCAGCUCUUCCUGCUGAGUGUGAGGGCGUCUCGUACUGCGACGCCAACGCCGCCAUCCCUCCUCUGACCUGGAGGAAACCUUAA